CAUGAGGAGCGAUCGGGGCGGCCCGCGCGGCGGCGGGGGCCCCCGGGCCGGCGCCGGCCUCAAGUACAGCUCGCGGCCACAGAGCAUGAACGGCUUCGAGGAAGGCAUCGAGUUCCUGCCGGUGAACAACACCAAGAAGGUGGAGAAGCGCGGCCCCAAGCGCUGGGUGGUGCUGCUGGCCCUGCUGCUCGGCUCCCUGCUGCUGGCGCUCACCACGGGGCUGCUGGUGUGGCACUUCCAUUACCGGAACGUGCGGAAGGAGCAGGUCCACAAGAUCUUCAACGGGUACUUGCGGGUCACCAACGAGAACUUCCUGGACGCCUACGAGAACGCCAACUCCACCGAGUUUGCCAACCUGGCCCAGAAAGUGAAGGAGGCGCUGAAGCUGCUCUACAGCCAGACCCAGGCGCUCGGCCCCUACCACGUGGCGUCCGAGGUGACAGCCUUCAGCGAGGGCAGCGUCAUCGCCUACUACUGGUCAGAGUUCAGCAUCCCCAAGGACCAGGUGCAGGAGGCCGAGCGCGCCAUGGCCGAGGAGCGUGUGAUCAGCCUGCCGCCCCGCGGCCGCAACCUCAACAGCUUCGAGCUCACCUCCGUGGUGGCCUUCCCCACCGAUCCUCGAACCGCAGCGACCAGACAGGACAACAGCUGCAGUUUCGCCCUGCACGCCCGGGGCCAGGAGCCCCUGCGCUUCACCACGCCGGGCUUCCCGGACAGCCCGUACCCCGCACGAGCCCGCUGCCAGUGGACGCUCCGUGGGGACGCCGAGUCCGUGCUCAGCCUCACCUUCCGCAGCUUCGACGUGGCGUCCUGCGACAGCGACGGCAAGCACCCUGACCUGGUCACGGUGUACGACACCCUGAGCCCCGUGGAACCGCGGGCCGUGGUGCAGCUCUGUGGUACCUACUCGCCCACCUACAACUUGACCUUCCUCUCCUCCCAGAACGUGCUGCUCGUCACGCUGAUCACCACCACCGAGCGCCGGCACCCCGGCUUCGAGGCCGUGUUCUUCCAGCUGCCCAAGAUGCACAGCUGCGGAGGCUCCUUGCGUGGUACUCAGGGGACAUUCAGCAGCCCCUACUAUCCAGGCCACUACCCGCCCAACAUGGACUGCACGUGGGACAUCGAGGUCCCCGCUGACCGCAACGUGAAGGUGCUGUUCAAGUUCUUCUUCCUGCUGGAGCCCGGCGUGGCGCUGGACACCUGCAGCAAGGACUACGUGGAGGUCAACGGGGAGAGGUUCUGCGGGGAGAAGCCACAGUUCGUGGUGGCCAGCCAGAGCAACAGAAUCCGCGUCCGCUUCCACUCGGACCAGUCCUACACCGACACGGGCUUCCAGGCCGAGUAUCUGUCGUACGACUCCAGUGACCCCUGCCCCGGGAAGUUCAUGUGCAACACGGGCCGCUGCGUGGGCAAGGAGCUGCGCUGCGACGGCUGGGCCGACUGCUCCGACUUCAGCGACGAGCUCGGCUGCACGUGCAACAACACCUACCAGUUCACGUGCGCCAACAAGCUGUGCAAGCCCCGCUUCUGGCUGUGCGACACCGUCAACGACUGCGGGGACGGCAGUGACGAGCUGGACUGCGGUUGUCCAGCUGAAAACUUCAAGUGUAAGAGUGGCAAAUGCCUCUCGCAGCGGGAGCUGUGUGACGGGAAGGACGAUUGUGGGGAUGGCUCAGAUGAGGCCAAAUGUGACAAAGUGAACGUUGUCACCUGCACCAAACACACCUAUCGCUGCCAGAACGGGCUCUGUGUGAGCAAGGUCAACCCCGAGUGUGAUGGGAAGAAGGACUGUAGCGACGGCUCGGAUGAAAAGAACUGUGACUGCGGGCUGCGCCCCUUCACCAGGCAAUCCCGGGUGGUCGGGGGCAAGAACGCGGACGAGGGCGAGUGGCCGUGGCAGGUGAGUCUCCACGCGCAGAACCAGGGCCACGUGUGCGGGGCCUCGCUCAUCUCGCCCAACUGGAUGGUGUCCGCCGCGCACUGCUACACCGACGAGCUCAUCUUCAGCUACUCGGACCCCAAAAAGUGGACUGCUUUCCUGGGCCUGCACGACCAGAGCAAGCGCAGCGCCCCCGGGGUGCAGAAGCUGGGGCUGAAGCGCAUCAUCCGACACCCCUCCUUCAACGACUUCACCUUCGAUUACGACAUCGCGCUGCUGGAGCUGGAGAAGGCGGCCGAGUACAGCAACACGGUGCGGCCCAUCUGCCUGCCCGACACCACGCACUCCUUCCCCACCGGCAAGGCCAUCUGGGUCACCGGCUGGGGCCACACCAAGGAGGGAGGCUCCCCGGCAUUGAUCCUGCAGAAGGGCGAGAUCCGCGUCAUCAACCAGACCACCUGCGAGAAGCUGCUCCCGCAGCAGAUCACCCCGCGCAUGAUGUGCGUGGGCUACCUCAGCGGGGGCGUGGACUCCUGCCAGGGCGACUCCGGGGGGCCCCUGUCCAGCGUGGAGGCCGACGGCCGCAUCUUCCAGGCGGGCGUGGUGAGCUGGGGCGACGGCUGCGCGCAGAAGGACAAGCCGGGCGUGUACACGAGGCUCCCUGUGUUCCGGGAGUGGAUCAAAGAGGAGACGGGGGUGUAGGCGCCGCGGGCGCGGACAGGACGGCCCGCCGCACCCCUUCUCGGGCCGGCACGGAACUGAACCCCCAGGACUCCGGAGACCCCGUGGGGGAGCGAGCGGGAGCUGGGCCGGAGGGACGGCCGCGUGCUGGACAGGGCCGAGGCGCGCUUCCUACAGCGGGGCCCUGCCCAGGACCUUCCGCAGACUGGCGGGGAGCAGGCGC